AUAUAACAAAGUUAUUUUGCUUGACCAGAUUUCUCGACUUUUACACAAUACAAAAUGAGAGUGCUAGAAGAACCAUGUUACUCAAAGUAAGCAUUAAAAAAUCUUAGGAUAUUUAAAACGACAUGAUUGGCCAUAUUAUGCAAAUUAUUUCAAACCAGUUUGUGGUUUCAAAAGUCCGCCAGAACCAGCCAUAAUAAGGAUCACUAUCUUUCUUUUCUUCCGUGAAACGAGAGGCAAUAUCGCACUUGGGAUAAUACAAAUGCAGGUAAUGUUACUUGGUGCAUGUCUCUUAGAUAGCAUCACCAUCACUGCUUCACUAUAAAAACCGAUUAGAGUGUCCUAAACAUUCCAUCCAUUGAAACCUACUGCUAUACGAUCACAAUAAUGGGGUUCUUCUGUUCUCUUACUUUCUCCAUACAGUUUCUUCUUCUCUUCUCAUCUUCCCUCUUCACAAACUGUUUUACUUUGAAUCAUUCAACUACUACUCAUCAUCAUGAGUGCCAUCAACAUGAAAGCAAUGCCUUGCUCAGCUUUAAACAAACCUUCAUCAUAAGUAAGUCUGCUUCUUACAAUCCUUUCAGUUAUCCUAAAACUCUUUCUUGGAUUCCAACCACAGAUUGCUGCUCCUGGGAUGGCAUUGAAUGCAAUGAGCUCACAGGUCAUGUGAUCGGCAUUGAUCUUGGAAGCAGCCAACUCUAUGGUUUCAUGGAUCCCAAUAGCACCCUUUUCUCACUUGUGCACCUUCAAAGCCUUGAUCUUUCAGACAAUGAUUUCAAUCACUCUCAAAUUCCUGCCAAGAUAGGUGAGCUUUCACAACUAAGAUAUCUGAAUCUUUCUCAUGGCAAUGAAAACACAUUCUCUGGUGAAGUUCCACCUCAAGUUUCACAAUUGUCCAACUUGUUGUCCCUUGAUCUUCGCAGCUAUACUCUUGGGGCACUUCAAUAUGAUCUAAUCAACCAUUUGCAACUCGAGGCAUCCACUCUUACAAGCUUAACACAAAACUCGACUAGACUUGAACACCUUCGUCUGAAUUUUGUGACCAUAUCAUCAUCUUUACCUCAUACUCUCACAAACCUUACGUCUUUGCAAAUGCUUUCUUUAUGCCGAUGUGAACUAUAUGGUGAGUUUCCAGUCGGAAUAUUCCAUCUCCCAAACAUAACAGUCUUGAAUUUUGGGGAAAACCAAAAUCUGCAGGGUACAUUACCUGCAUCCAUUGGAAACCUGACCAAUUUAGCUUACUUGGCGCUUGAAGAUAAUAGCUUUCAUGGUGAAAUCCCUCGGUCUCUUUUUCGACUUAAGAAUCUUGAAAUUUUGUCAGUGUCGUUUAAUUUUUUCGAAGGCCGCCUAGCACUUGACAUGUUUUUGAAGCUAAAGAUGCUUAAUUUUCUUGACUUGUCUAACAACAAAUUGUCCUUGUUCUCACAAAACAGGGAUGUCAAUGUGACAAACCUUCCUCCAAUUCAGUGGUUAGGAUUGCGUUGGUGCAAUUUAAAUGGAGAAAUUCUAACUUGGAUAAUGAAUCUAACCGCUUUAAGUCACUUGGACCUUUCCCAAAAUGAUCUUCAAGGUGAAAUUCCAUAUUUCCUUGAAGGGAACAACACUUCCAACGUAACAUUUCCUCCUCAAAUUCAAGUGUUGCAUUUAAGAUCAUGUAACAUUGUUCAUUUUCCCAAUUUUAUACAACACUUGCAAGAGUUGACUGAUCUUUCCAUAUCACACAACAGCAUAAAGACAAUACCGAGUUGGUUAUGGAACAAAACAACUCUUCAGGGUUUGGAAAUUUCCAACAACCUAUUGAUGGGAGAAAUAUCCCCCUCCAUAUGCAACCUGCAGUCACUUGUGAAACUUGAUUUAACUUCCAACAAUUUAGUUGGCAUGAUUCCAUCAUGUUUGGGAAGCUUUAGCCAAUCCCUUCAACUUUUGAGUCUUGCAGGAAACAAAUUGACAGGCAAUAUUCCUCAAACUUAUGUGAAAGGAAAUGCCCUUCGGUUUAUUGAUUUUAGUUUUAACAAGUUGUACGGUCAAUUACCAAGAACACUUGUCAAUUGCAGAAGGCUAGAGUUUCUUAAUGUGAGACAUAACCAUUUCAAUGACUCAUUUCCUUUCUGGUUAGGAUCUCUUCCUAAGUUAAAGGCUGUUUCUUUACGUGAUAAUGAAUUUCACGGAGCUAUAAUGUGUCCAUUGAAAUACACAUUUCCCCAGCUUAGAAUCAUUGAUCUCUCUCAAAAUGGUUUCUCGACAAAAUUAACAUCAGAAAUAAUCAUGUGCUUCAAAUCGAUGAUCAUAUCCAACAAAAGACAACUGGAUUUCAAGGACGAGAUUUUCACUGGGAAUGAGGUUUUAGAUCCUGAUUGGUAUUUGUUUUCAAUGUCCAACAAAGGAGUUGUCAUGGAUUAUCGCGGGGGUCAAUACCUUCAUCACAUGGUAGCUAUUGAUCUUUCAAGUAACAAAAUCUAUGGCGAGAUUCCAGAUAUCAUGGGAAGUUUGAAUAGCGUUGUUGUGCUCAAUUUGUCCAAUAACAUGUUUACUGGCAGCAUCCCAUCUUCCUUCGGAAAGCUUUCAAAUCUUGAAGUGUUGGACCUUUCUGCCAAUAGCCUGUCAGGGGAAAUCCCCCAACAACUCACAGAGUUAACAUUUUUGGAUUUCUUCAAUGUGUCUUUUAACAAUCUCUCAGGUCCAAUCCCAGAAAAUGGACAACUUUCCACAUUUGAUAAUAAUUCAUUUGAGGGAAACAAGGAUUUGUGCGGGAUUCAAUUGUUGAAGAAAUGUGAAGAUCAUCCUAAGCCUCCAUUGCAGAAACCUGAUGGUGAUCAAGAUUCUGAGUCAGGAUCUUUCUUUGAAUUGUAUUGGAUGGUAAUUCUAAUUGGAUAUGGGGGUGGCCUUGUUGCUGGGUUAGCACUGGGAAAUGCUUUUUCAGUAGAUGUUUAUAGGUUGCUGAAAAAGAUCUUUUAAGUCACAAGUCUAGAUGUUGCUCUUUUCAUGUGUGUAAUCUUAGAUUAUUUUUAUUUUUGUGUUUGCAUUUAAA